UAAAAAUUAAAUGCAACAGCUUUGAAACAAAAUCCAAACCCCACACAAAAAUUCCAUCUUCAUCUUCUCCUUCAAUCCACCACUGAAUUUCAGAUCCUAAAAACUCACACAUUCCAUGAUUAGCUUUUAAAGCCCCCUCUCUGUUUUUCUCAGGCUUAAAGCUGGUAAGUUGAAUCGGCUACAAUUCUACAAACAUGGGUGUUUCUGGAAAAUGGAUUAGAGCCCUUAUUGGCUUGAAGAAACAAGAAAAAUCACAACGUUCGGGAGAAGAUGGACAUAAAGUCAGCACUGGAAAGUUUCGUCACCGGAGAAAUAGUUCUAUAGAGAUAAAUAGUGACAUAUUUCUAAACAAGCUUAAUGUUGAAGAUGGCAAUAGCACUGGAAUCCAAGAUGUUGCUGAGUCUUCUUCCACUCCACAUCAAGUGCAAGGUUCAUCUCAGAUAGAGCAACAUAUGAGAGAAGAGUGGGCAGCUACACAUAUACAAACUGCUUUUCGAGGAUUUUUGGCUAGGCGAGCUCUAAGAGCUCUAAAGGGAUUGGUCAGACUGCAGGCCCUUGUGAGAGGCCAUGCUGUGAGAAAACAAGCUGCAAUUACUCUUCGCUGUAUGCAAGCGUUAGUGAGGGUUCAGGCACGUGUUCGAGCUAGGCGUGUUCGCAUUGCAUUAGAAGGUCAGUCAGACGAACAGAAACUUCAACAACAACAACACGAAGCUCAUGUUCGAGAAAUAGAGCAAGGUUGGUGUGAUAGUGUUGGAUCCGUUGAACAAAUCCAAGCAAAGUUGAUAAAGAAACAGGAGGCUGCUGCCAAACGUGAAAGAGCUAUGGCAUAUGCUCUUGCUCACCAGUGGCAAGCAGGAUCCAAACAACAGGUAGCUCCCUCUGGAUUUGAACCAGAUAAAACUAACUGGGGUUGGAACUGGCUGGAGAGAUGGAUGGCAGUUCGUCCAUGGGAAAAUCGCUUUCUUGAUGUCAAUACUAGAGAUGAAGUGAAGAUUCAGGAGAACGGAUCUGCUGCUAAAGAAGAGCAGGAACAUGGCAUCAAGAACCAGUCGAAAUCUGUUGGCAAGAAACUUGUGGCAUCAGAUCUUCAUUUAGAAUUAGCAAAUGACAAAGGGAGUCAAUCUCAAUCUGAUGGCAUCGGCUCUUCCCCUGUUAAGUCCGUUAGUAUGCAAGAAACUCUGACAUCAUUGCCUGUCAAGACAAAGGUAAAGCCGCUCUCGGAUUCAAUCCAGUCAAGAUCACAUAGCAAGCCUAGAGAGAGGUCGUCAACUUUGGGUAAUCAAGGAAAGAAACGCCUAUCUCUGCCUUCUAACGGAAAAACAGGUAAAGGUGUUGGAAGCUCAAACAGAAAGAUUUCUUUAUAAAUUAUUAUGGAGUCGAAUCAAAAUGAAGACAAAAUAGAGACAGCUGCUUCUCAAGUGAAGCAACAUCAGAUGCUUGUAUAUACGUGAGCUAUUUGUGACAUUGAGCUAGAACCAAGUCACCUGUUUCCAGUCUAUCGUGGUGUUGGCACCGUUAUAGGCCGAUAAGUUGAGCAUGUUGUCAUAAUUUAUGUAGUGUUUUGGUAGCAAUGUUGUGAUUGUUGGUUUUCCUUCAUUGUUUUGUAACUAUAAAUGUGUAUCUUUCGUCACCCGAGUUUGUCCGGGUACAUGAAGAGGAGAAAUAACAGGCGUUAAAAUGGUCGUUCACUGUAUGUUGUUUAUCUGUAGGCUGUCUUUUUCUCAUAAGUAUGUAACAUGUCAUUUCAAGUUGAUUUACAA